AUGAAAAUAUUAUUAGUUAAUGCAUAUGCUCCAACACCAAAAGGAUAGAAGUAAUUCUUAGAUUUUCGAUACAUUGUUCAAAAAGCCUUUAUUAAUUAUGUAUUAUUAAUGAUAUAAGUAGUCUGAAGUUCCUGACUAAGAAAUGGAAUAUAUAGUAAGAGAUUUCUCCUCCAUUUCAGAUUUUUUGUAUGAGAUCCAAAGUUCUUAUGUGAAUUAAAAUGCUGUUUAGUAAAAAUAUAAUAAUAAUAAGAGCAUUUAAUGCAUUUGAUAUAAUAUUUGUUGCAGGUAGUGGGAAUACUUUACCAUGGUCAUAAUAGAUGGAAAAGAUUCUUGUACUUUAGAGAAUGUGCAUCAAAAUUAAUAAAUAUUUAUUUGCUUGUGGUUGUGGAAUGAUGGGCUUAGUGUUUCUUUCUGCAUCUAACUUUGAUAGAACUGUUUAUUUUACAAAUGAUGAAUUGCAUCCUUAAAAGUAUUUUAUCGAAAAGAGUACUGGUGAUAUUUUUGUAUAUCAUCCUGAUACUAAAACAUGGUAACCUAAAAGUAAUGCAGGUUUACAUAAUAAUAAAGCAGCUCAAGAGUUUUAAACUUUAGGAAAGUACAUCUUAAAAGCACCUAUUUACCGUCCAUUUAAAAAUAUAGAAGUCUAUGCCAGUAAGAGUAACGAAAUCAUUGUACAUAUAAAAUCAUCUCAUGUUAAUCAUUAUAUCUUUGAAGGAGUUAAGAGUUAAUCUUUUGUAGCUACUACAUCUUCAAAGUGGGAUGUUCAUUCAUUUUCUUUUCCCUCUAUUGAAAGGGCAUUUACAAUUUUAGCUGAAUCUGAUAGGGGUCCUAUUAUUAUAGAAUAUGGUUCAUAUAUUAUAGCAACAUUAUUUGAUAUUUCAAUUAAUUAUGAGGCUACUACUUAGAUUAUUGCAAAUUUUAUCAAAACUACAGUUGAUAAAAUUAAAGGGGGAGCAAAAAUUUAAGAAUAAUCCAAAGGUGUUUAUAUAGGGAAAAAUAAAUUUAAAGCAAAAAGAAAUCUUAAAAUUGAAUUGCUUUAUAGAUCAGCACCUAGUUCUCCUGAACAUUCUUAAUAAUAAUCAUUCAAGCAUAGUGGUUUUGCUGUUAAGAAAUCUUAAUAAAUAUUUACUUCAUAAAAUUUCAUAUCUCCUCAUAGUUUUCAUUAAUCUCCAUAACUAACUAAAAGACUUUAAUCAACAAACAAACUCAAAAAUUUAAAAUUAGAAUAAACUGAGAAAGAAUAAUAAACUUUCUAAUCACCUUAAUCCUGUAUGACUAGAAAUGAAAUUAUUAAAUUUCUGCAUCCCUCUAUAGAUAUAGAAUUUAGUUCUUUUUGGAUUCCUGGUUAAUAAACAAAAUUAUCCAAUACUUUUAAAUCAAAAAGAAAGUGA